AACAAAAUUUCCUAUCCAUCCUAUAUAUUAAUUCCAUCCAUGCCUAGAUCUUCCAUAAUGAAAACCAUCAUCAACGUUCGUCUUUCAUACAAGAAGAUGGCACCUUCUCUAACCAAAUUGACUUGCUUUUGCCUGACAUUUCUUCAAGUCACUGUAUGUCAAACUUUUGCUUUGGGACCUGUUGAUCCUACUAAAGGGUUCAUUCCUCUUCCUUUAAACCGGACAUACUACCACAUCCAAAGGCCCUAUGAUUUGCUUGAAGAUCAGCGUUAUAGCUUCAUCAAUGGACUUCACAGAUGUUGGGUUUACUCCACAGACAAACCGCAUACUCCUACGAGCCAAACGAAGCCCCGAACUGAGAUUGCUAUUCAGGGUUACAAUUAUUCCUCUAGCGUGUGGCAAUUUGAAGGACACUGGUACGUGCCCCAAGGGACAUCAGGCGUUUGCAUCAUGCAAGUUUUUGGUGCAACCGCUCCUCGAGCCACCACCCUAAUGCUCAGGGUUUACAACGGUUCCCUCUCGUACUACAGGGGUCCGGUCCUCGUCCAGGACAUCUAUGACAAGUGGUUCAAGUUGAAUGUUAUCCAUGAUGUUGAUGCUGCCAAAGUGAAGGUUUACAUUGAUGGGUAUCUAAAAUUAGAGGCUGAUGGUCGUGGAGGGACAUCCCAUACCUUCAAAUGUGGGGUAUAUGCCCAAAAUGAUGAUUCCUAUUACAUGGAAUCCCGUUGGAAAAGUAUUAAAGUUCUAAAGAAAUGUAACUGA